AUGAAGAUGGACAAAGGCGGCCAGGCGGCCUCGGCGGAUGUGAAAGACGCCGGGAAAAAAGCGCCUCCCGCGAUGGGCAGCGGAUACUACUCGGAUCACGUGGACCAGAAUGAGCAAGUUCGCCUUCUCAACAGACUCGCCAACGCCGAGGGAAGUUCGCAGGUGAAACAAGACGCAGUUUUGGCGAAUGCGCCAGAGUGGAAGACGCUGGAGAAGGCGGGCGUUCUGCCCGCUGGCCUCUCGGUUGUCUUGUCGAAAAUCAGUCCUCUGUGUCUCGACGAAUUCUCGGAAAUGCUCGCGGCUGAUCCGGACCUCGUUCGUUCCCUCAUCGGCCUCGUUCGCCUCGAGGGAGAUUUGCAUACGGUUCAGUACGUCUUGACAGUCCUCUGCGAAGUCGUUCGAGACGAUAGCAGCAAGUACGAGGCGCUGUGUUCAGCUGCGGCUGAUGGCGAGGUGUUUGAGGCGUUUCGACAGCUUCUGGAAGUGCCCAACCUCGAUGCCUAUACAGCCGAUAGAGCGGCCUUUCUCCUCUCAGGUCUCAUGUGCCGAGCCCGUUCAGGUUCCUUCACGGACACUCAAGUGGAAUAUCUGAUUCAAGGUCUUCUCCACGGUCGGGCAGCGAACAAGUUCCUCCUCAGCGAAGCCGGCCGCCUCGAUGCCUUCGUCAAUCUCCUCAAAAUCGAUCGCUACCGUCCGAUGAUUUGGGCCAGUCGCGGCUUUCCUGAGCUAGUGCUGAAGAAUCUGUCGCUGACGCUUCCCGCCAGCGUUCUAUACAAGGCGAUGUUCUGCGUCUGGCUGCUCACUUUCCACGACACGUUUUUGCCCCAGCUGAACGAGAAGGGAAUCGUUCUCGCCGUGUGUGUGGUAUUGAAGGAGUCGCGCGUGGAGAAGGUGAUUCGUGUCGGUCUGGGCGUGCUCCACAACUUGCUCAAGUGUGACGCCUCGGUAGAAACGAUCAUUGAGCAAAACGUCGCACAGGUGCUGGCUCUCUUGGAGUUUGAGAAGUGGCGGGAUGGAGACAUGUACGACGACAUCAGAAUCGCGGCCUCGCAUCUGGAACAGAAAACUCGACAGUUCAACAAUUUCGAUCGCUACUGCCACGAGCUCGACAAAGGCAAACUCACGUGGUCUGUCAUUCACUCAGAAAAAUUCUGGAGAGAGAACGUCAUGGCUUUCGAGAACGACGAGUUCCGAGCAGUCAAGAAGCUGGUGAAACUUCUCGACACAUCAACUGACAAAACCACCCUCGCCGUCGCGUGCUACGACCUCGGCGAGUUCGCCCGGCUCCACCCCGCAGGAAAAAAAGUUUGUCAGCAGCUGAAGGUGAAAGACCGCGUGAUGUUGAUGAUCAGCGACAAGGACCGUGAAGUCGCGGGCGAGGCGCUUCUCUGCAUUCAGAAGUUGAUGCUGAACAACUGGCAAGACGUGGCAGAACUCAAGAAAUAA